AUGGCACUUGUCAAUCCCGUCCGAUGUUUGAGCCCCAGAAAGCCCAUGCGGCACACAGAUGAUGACAGCAAGCAACACUGUGUGGAAGACGCAGAGAAAAGAACAGAGAUUUUCCUAUCCCCUGUUGAUUUCCUGUCCCCAGUGCGCGUCCCUCUUUCGCAUCUUCACAAGGCACGGGGGCCGUUGCUGUGCAGAGGGCACCUUUCUCCGAGAUACUCCGUGACAAAAAUGGCACAGAGACGCCGCCCCCAUAUGAGAAGUGUGUUCCGGCCUGACCAGUCCGUUCGUAGAGCACAAUUCCCGCUGGCUGUGCCCGCUGGCAGCUCCAACGGGUAUGUUUCACUCCUUCUGGACGACGGGCUGGCUUUGGAACGCAAGGCCCGUAAGGCGUUGAAGCAGGUAAAGUGCUGUGAUGCUCCGUCUGUGCAGGUCUUGAAAGUAGAGGGGGGCGUAGAAACAGGGGGAGGAACUAGGGGGGUACGAAGUACCUCACAUCUCGCGAGUUCGCAACUGAAUUGUACUGUGGUCAGAGGACCUGAGCAUGGAGCAGGGUCGAUCCCGCCAUUGAACGAACCUCUCAGCGCGUCAUCGUUUACCGACUGCAGGCCAACAUCUUGUCCACCAACGGCGCGCUCGGCUCAUACUCUACACCAUCGCCAUGAAAUAGACAGUGAGUGUCGCGCGUUUGAUGCGGCCAUUGAGACGAUGGAUUCUCUCACUUCAUCUGAACACGCCCGGUUCAGCCCAUUCUUAGGCUAG